AUGGCAACCAUAGGUAAGCUUGAUGUUGAAGUGAAAGUAAAGUCAGGUGCAGAUAAAUUUUGGAAAACCAUCCUGGAAUCCACCGACAUCUUCCCUAAAGUCUGCCCUGAUCUCUACAAAAGUGUUCAAGUUCUUGAAGGCGACGGAAAGAGCGUUGGAUCCAUUCGCUUGGUUAACUUUGCCGAAGGGUCACCAAUUGUGAAAUCAGCAAAAGAAAAGAUUGAAGAACUUGAUGAAGGCAAAAAGAAAGUGGCAUAUAGUGUGGUAGAUGGGGAUAUGAUGCAAUACUACAAGAGUUUCAAGGCUAGCCUUGAGGUGAUUCCAGAGGGAGAAGGGAGCAUUGUGAAAUGGGCUUGUGAGUUUGAGAAAGCAAGUGAAGAAGUGCCUAAUCCUGACAUGAUCAGAGACUUUGCUGCCAAGAAUUUCAAGGAUAUUGAUGACUAUCUCCUUAAAGCAUAGACUGCAACUACUAUAUCUGUGUUAUUAUGAUCGAGUCGGUUCUUGUUUGCAAUAAAUUGUAAUAAAUUGCAGAGUCAUGUAAUGCAUUCACCAAAAUUAGUUGUCCUCCACCUAUAUAUCAAUAUCUAUAUACGAGUAUAUCAAUAAAUGUGUUUCUUCUGCAA